AUGCCGUUGAAACGACAUGGGCCGCCCUCGAAACGACCGGACCGUGACAAGACCAAACCUACCACCAAAACUUUGCCUGGCCUCCCUCCUCGAAAGCCAAAAAUCAUCGGCCUCUUCGGCCUAUCUGGGACUGGAACGUCGUUCCUCCUGGAAGAGCUGAGAGAAGAGAUGAAAGAAGAUGGAUUUGCAUUCAACGACGGCAACGAAGCUCUUACAGCCAUUUGUCCUGGUGGGCUGAUGGCGUACAACGCCCUCGGUGCAGUCAAGAGGGCCCGAUAUCGCGAUGUGACUAUUACCGCACUCGAGAAUGAGUGUGUGAGAAAGGACGUCAUCGGAGUGGUGGUUCGCUACUUGGCAUUCUGGAACGAAGACAGCGAAUGCUUCUCCGUCGCUCCUGUCGCAGAUCUGAAAGCACACACUCAUAUCCUUUACCUGGAACUGCCAUUUGCUCACUUUCCCCAAUAUUGGGGAGAUAUUCACGAAGGUGAGGAGGCGGACGCAACUUUCAAGCAUUGGGACUGUUGGCAGAAAAGCGAGAUAUGCUAUUUGCGUCGCUUCUGUCGAAAGAAGGACAUUACCUUUACGGUACUGACACCUCAUCUGGGCACAGUACCUAAAGUUUCCAGUCUUUUGCGGGACUUUCGGGUGUUGACCGAUUGGGAUAAUAGAAGGUAUGCUGAAGAACAGUUAAUACAAAUCAUGGGGACUCCUCGCGCAAAGUCGGUGGAAACUGUACUUUUGUUUGAUGCAGAUGGAACUCUUUCACCCCAAGACAGCGAGUACCUGCUCUGGUGCCGAGUUCCUUGUCCCUCCAUGCCGCUGGGGCUUCUUUACACCCCUUCAAAGGAGACGCUAUGUCAACUAAGUUCUACCUAUAAGGACUACCUCCAGAUGGUGUUGCUGCAUGAGGAGGUUUUCGAUGAGAAGGCAUUCGCUGCUGCUUGCGAGGAUAUUGCCGGGGAUAUUCGCUUGUAUCCUGAUAUGCUAGCUCUCUUGCGCCGAGCUGUCGAGACACCGCACACGCUACCAAUAAUUCUGACUGGUGGACCGCGUCUGGUCUGGGAGAAUGUUCUGAAAAGAGUUGGGAUGUUUGAAACUGUGAAUGUGAUUGGGGGUGGUCGUCAUGAGGACCUCGCUAUUAUGACACCUGAAGUCAAGGGAUGGCUGGUCACUGUUCUCCAAGAGAAAUGCUAUGCAGAUGUCUGGGCAUUUGGCAGUGGUCAAGUGGAUGCGAUCAUGUUGAUGAAGGCCGAUCAAGCUGUUUUCAUCAUUGAUUCAGAGACCUGGCUAACUCAGAACAUUAGUCCGGCUUGGAAAGAUUCUCUUAGACGGACGUGCCCGCAGUUACACGAGGUCAUUCUUUCCACCAACGGCCCCUUGGCCCUUCAAUAUAAACCUCAAGAUAUGCGGCUGCUGGGCAAAAAGUUGGUUGCAAAGAUUUUCGCCCGCCGUCUUCGGAUCUCUUAUGUCUCCUUGGAUAAACCAUCUGAGAUCAUCAUGUCUUUCGAGCCCGAGGGCAGUCCCACAUAUCCACUCUGGAAAUCUACUCAUCGCGAAAUUGGAUCAUUCCUCGCAGCCCGAUAUUUGAAAGAAAUCAUCACCAACCAGAAGGUUCGAUCAAAUGGUGAUUUCCUGUUCUCAACGAACAUCUCAAUUCUGGCAGCCACCCCUUGCAACAUGCCAAUGGCAUUUGGCAUUCAAAGCGAAUUCGUCGGCUCCCAACUGCUGCCACCCGAUACUUUGAAGGAACCAGGAAAGCACAGCCGCAGGAUACUGAUGACAACACGGGUACUAUUUCUCGUUAAAUCAGUGAUCAUUGAUGAGACGUUCUUGAUGGAUCUCAUGGAGAAACACAGUAUGCUGAUCGAAUCUUUGAUGAGAGUGGUUAUUGUUGCUGGGGUCAUUUAUUCACCAGUGUUGACAAAGACCAAGCUCGCUCGGCUUGUCGGUCAGAAGUCGAAUAUCAGUUUUGUCACGUUGCAUUUUGCUGAUGAUUUGGACUACCCUAAUGAUGCUCCUGUCUUGGAUUGCGGCUAA